GAGGGUCCGACGGAAGCGAGGAGGAAUCAGUCUUGCUGGCUCAUCAUUCCAGGUGCUGUUGGCGCAGCUUUGGGAACACCAUGGAGGCUCCUGCUUCUUUUUUAUUCUUCCGUGCCGAUCUUUUCUAUUGGAUCGGAGUGUUGGUCGGUGGCUACUACGUUUAUAAAGUCCUUUCUGAGUUAGUGGGUAUAAUCCGCCUGCGGCUGGUGGACAACUUAGCGGUACUGGGCCCGUACCUGAAUACCUGGGCAGUUAUCACAGGAGCUACUGAUGGAAUUGGAAAGGCCUAUGCAGAAGCGUUAGCAAGGCGUGGAAUGAAGGUGGCUCUUAUCAGCAGAUCUCAAGAAAAACUGGAUAAGGUUGCCAGUGAAAUAAAGGACAAAUUCAAGGUGGAAACAAAAACAAUUGUUGCUGACUUUGGAAACCGAGAAAAUAUUUACAGCAAUAUUAAAGCAGGCUUGGAAGGCCUUGAAAUUGGUAUAUUAGUGAACAACGUGGGUGCUUCAUAUGAUUACCCUGAAUAUUUCCUUGAGAUCCCAGAUUUAGAUAAUAAAAUUGACAUGCUCAUAAAUAUUAAUAUCAUAUCUAUGUGCAAGAUGACACAAUUGGUGCUUCCUCGCAUGGUGGAAAGGUCCAAGGGAAUUAUAAUUAAUGUCAGUUCUAUGUCUGGAGUAAUACCAUUUCCAUUUUUGAAUCUUUAUUCAGCAAGCAAGGCUUUUCAGAGUUUCUUCUCUCAAGCUCUUGGUGUGGAAUAUAAAGACAAAGGUAUCCUUGUGCAGACUGUUCAACCAUAUUUCGUGGUGACAAAACUCUCUAAACUUCGUCGUACAAGCUUCUUUAAACCCAGUCCUGAACAAUAUGUAAAAUAUGCCCUCAAUUCGCUUAGUCUUGAAACAGUAACUUCUGGAUAUCCAUCUCAUGCUAUUGCGAUGUUGUUUUUCAAGCAUUUCCCCACAUGGCUUGUAAGAAAAGCCAUCAUAAAUACAUUCUUAAAAACAAGAAUGCACUUUUUAAAGAAGCUAAAGGAAAACUAAGCUAAAUUGCCUUAACAAGAUCCUUGGUAUUUUUAAAAUCUACAUUCAAGCAUCAAAUACUUUGUCAUGUGUUAUAUUCUUUGUAUGGAAUAUUUUGAGGGAAACCAGAGACUGGCAUGAAGAAAGAAAAAAAUAUAUGAGAACAACUUCUAGAGUAUCUGCUGCUCUGAAACCAUUCUAUUAAAAUGUUUUGUGAUACAUAAUUAAGUGUUAAACAAUAUUUUCAAUUAAUCAUUUUACUGAAGUGCAUCAGUUCAUUUUGUUUCAGAAAGGUUCAUUUUGAGAAAAGUGGUAGAAAUUGAAAUAGAACAAUUUGGAAUUUGUAACAUAUCCCCUGCCAAUAAUGGACUCCCAUAGCUUACUGUAUUUUAAACUAAAAAUCUACUGUUAUUUCCUCAAUUUUGAUAUUUCAAGAAGUACCCCUUAUUGAAAUGUGUUUGGAAUUUAAAAAUUACAAUAGAUUGGCUGUAGGAUCUUUGUCUUGUCAAUGGGAGUGUUCUUUAUGUGAUAGUCAGCUUCAGGCAUCAUAAUAAUGCUUUUAUUCUUUAACAAAGCUUAAGAAAUAUGGCUUAAUAUAAUGGUAGCACUGAUUUCACAUGUUCAAUUUUUUUUUUAACUAAUGAAAAUACUUUAAGUAAAAUGGUACUUUGUGGGUCACGUUCUAUCAAAUAUUAAAGAAUAAGGAUUGCAGCAACAGAUGGGACAUUCAUUAUCUUGAUGUUGUAUUAAUAUAAAUGUCUGUGGCUUGGGCCCAGGAAGUGCUUGUGAGAUUCCACUGAUGCGGUGGGACUUCCCAUUCUAUAACAAGGUGAGGGAGCUCUUUAAGUGAUAUGAGAUGUAGUAUAGAAGACUGCAACCCAAAAGGUAAUAAAACAAAGAAGGUAAGCAUGUUUGGGCAACAUGUCCUCUUGCAUAAGAAUUAUUGGCUCCAGAAUUAAAACGAGUCCUUGCAAAUGUUGGUAAUACAUUUAACAGGAAUUUGUUAUUCCUUCAUUGUAACUCAGCGAAAUGAAAAAUUGCCUUCUUGAGACUUAGAAAUAGUUUUAUCUACCUUUACAUGAAAAUUAAGAUUUGGAUUUUUAAUUCCUUAAAUCAUAUUAUUAUUUGUACCUUAAAAACAAAUAAAAUGAAAAUGCUGUAACUUUCAUGGGCUUCCUUCCUUUAUUGAAAACUCACUUGUAUCCUGAGCCUGGCAGGUAUAUUUAUUGGAGGCUAGAGAUAGCCAAGGACACAACCUUUGCCUGAGUGGAAAAAGGACAAAUUGUGCACUACCAUUCCAUUUACUUUGCUUUAUUGGGGGCAACUGCCUUUAUCCGUAUGCAUACAAAUAAUCAUUCUUGCAAAUUAAUUUGGGCAUGUUUUAUAGAUGCUGGAGACCCUGUAAUCUCAAUUCUGAGUAUUGUCCUGUGAGGAAUAAUUUAAGACUGAUGUGAAAAUAAAUAUGUGUUUAAACAUGAUUGCACAUAGAAAAUAAACAAAAACCGAUGCAAUGGUGCUAAUUGGGAAUGAGAAACAAGUUUUGUCCCAGAAUGGGUGUAUUUUUUAGUGGAGAGUUGUUGAAAGAUAAAUUGUGGCAAUAUACUCUGUGUCUAUGGAAUAUCUGAAAGUAGGUGAAAUAUAUGCUGGCAUGCUUGUAUAACAGUACAUAUUUAUAAUGAAAUCUAUAAACUUUUAUAA